AUGUAUACUGUAUACAUCUUACUUCUUGAACGACUCGCUUCGUUUGGAUGGGAAGUCGACACUGAUGAUUGGCUAUGGACAAUGGAGUCGGGUGGUGCCCACGUCGCACCAUGGCCUUGGCUGAUGCGUGCUUCCUAUGUCGCAGACGAAUUCAAUGCCCCACCAAUGAUAGCCUCGCAGUUUCUUAUGAAGAAAAUUUUUAUGACAAAUAUACUAAUAUAA